AUGUCUUGGUCAGUUGGAUCUUCGUGUAUUUUUACUCGGUGUUUUUCCUUCCCGUUAACUACCAAAGUCGUUUAUUAUUAUCUGAAGUCUUCUAUCAUCCGGAUACCCCUUCGAGUUCGAGUCGCAGUCUGUCCGCAUACACAGCGCUUAGGUUUUUUACCAUCCACAAAUAGAUCGAAUGCCAUGAGUACUUACAAUGUGCAAUUGCGUGUUCGCAUAUACUGCUUAUGCAUGCCUGCUACACAUCUACUAUAAAAGAUUUCCAGGAGCCGCCAGCAUCAUGGGAAAAUGUCUCAACCUAGUAGACGAGGGUCGGCGACGUCGCAGGCAGAAACAAAAUAGAGUGGAAAAGUACAUAAUAGAAAAUAGAACCAGUCUGGAUAUUGUUUAGUCUCCGCUAUAGUUGUACCUGUGCGACUAGUAUGUAGCUGAGACUCAUCAUGCCAUGCCACGAACAUCCUUUUAUCAAAGCCUACAAAUAACGACUGAGAUGACCGCGAGAGUGAAAAAUGCUGUGAAAGAUGUCGACUCCUUCGCGAAAGAUAGCAAACGGAAGGAGCCGAUGUUGUAGUAGGGUCACUAGAUUUGCUAGACGCUAUCUUGUCUCACCGAUGGUAGAAGAUAACCAUUUGAGACUC